AUGAGCAUUGAUGAGCAAAUGCGGGAGGAGGAGUUAGCGGGAGCCACCAAAGCCCUGACCACCGAGGCUCCUGCGGAAGGGGUACAUCGCGGAGCCUAUACCUACCUAGGUAUUUUCAUUCGGGAUCUAUGUAGUAUUCGUCCGCCGAGGCCAAACCCGCUCAGAUCUCAAAUAGAAGACGCCCUCAGCCAAAGGGCGGGAUUCCAAUUUAUUGAGGAGAAACUUGCUGAGUUGCGAAGUCAGGUUAGAGAUCGACUUAGAACCCAGACGAGGUCAAAACUUAAAGGGCUCAAGGUGGGGGUUUCGAUGGAUGGAUUCCUGAAACUGUUUGGGAGGGGUGGGAGGGGAGGACAGGUCAAGGGCUGA